AUGCUCAGGCUCCUCUCGCCGGGCUGCCGCCUCGCAGCGGGCGCGGGGUCCACCGGUGCGGGGCCGAGGCACCGCCCGGCGGCGCUGCCGCAGCGGCACGGCGCCGCCGAGGCCGCCGAGGCCGGGCGGUGCCCGCGCCAGCCGGCCGUGAGCCUGCUGCAGCACGACGCGCGGUGGGGGCGCGUUGGCCAGGGCGCGCCUGAGCUGAGGCAGGGUGCCGACGCCGACACGCGCAGCGAGCAGGCGCCGCAGGAGGAAAACUCCGAGGUGCACUCCGACGCCCGCCCUGGCGGGCACCUGUGCGAGCGCAGCGUCUUGCACACGCUGCUGCUGCAGGCCUGGGGCGGCCCAGGGGCCCCCCGCGGGGCCAGCGCGCUGCUGGACCGCGGCACGUGCGGCGGCGCGCGCGCGGGGCUGCUGCAGCUGCGCGCGCCGGGCGUCGGCGCGCCGCUGGCCGCGGGGUUCCUGGGGAUCCUUGCGUGCGGCCUGGCGGCGGCCUGCCACUGCCUGAGCCGCGGGUGGCCCAGCGAGGCUUCCGCGCCGCAGGGGUGCGACGCUGCGGGGGGCGCGGGCCGCACGGCCCCCGCCGGCGCGGUGCCCCCGGUGCGGUGGCCCAGCCCCGAGCGCGGUGCCGCCCCGCAGGUGCGGCCGCCGAGCCCCGCGGGCCCGCAGGGUCCGCCAGUGCACCCCGCGCCCGCGCUGCUCGGGCGCACGAGGAGCGGGCGGCGGCCAGCGGCGCAGGUCGACAAGCUGAAGGAGGUGGUGCCGGUGGCCGCCGAAGACGGGCAGGCGGGCCGCCCCUGCGGCGCCGCGGCGCCCGAGGGGCACGGCGGCGAGGACUUCUGCCCCGGCCUCGUCGUCCCCGAGGGCCUCGAGUGCGAGCUGGAGGUGCCGGUGGCGGGAAAGAGGGGGGGAACCACCCGCCCGACCUUCACCAGCCCCGAAGGCCAGGGCGUGCUGGAGGUGCGCCCCGCGCAGCCGGCGGGCGCCGGCGGGCGGGGCGCCGGGGGCUUCGUGCUCCUCGAGGGCGACAGAGAGGUGGCGAGGUGCGUGGCGGGCGACGGUGAGUUUCGACUGCUCACCGCGGCGGGGGACAGCUAUGCCUUCCUCGCCCAGGCCCGCCGGCAGACUGCCGCUUGCGACCGGCGCUUCCUGCUCACCACGAAGACGGGUGCUCGCUGGGAGUUUGCGGGCUCGUUCGGCGACCACGCGGUGGACGUCACCGACAUCCGAGGAAACCAGCGCCGCGGGCCUCGAGGUCCGCAGCGCGGUGGCCAACACCGAGCUCUACAGGGCCAGCCACGACGGCGGCCGCCAGCGGUACCGGGUCCGAGUUGGCCCCCGGAGCGACGUGGGCCUCGUGCUGUGUGGCCUCCUCUGCGUUGA